UAUUGUAACGGUCUUAUCAAUAUGCUGUUAUUUCUAUUGUACGGAUUAACUUGCGUCCGUCUGUCUUUUGCUGUGACCUGUUAUAAAUGUGAUUCUGUUGACCAACCUGCACAUUGCUAUCAAACAGCAAACUGUCAGGCAGGUGAGAUAUGUAUGGUUUCACAGAAUCCUAAGUUAAAUGGAGACCUCUUCUUCAACCUAGGUUGUUUUUCAAAGACGACUUGUCAGUACUUCAAUAUUGCCCACGGUGUUGGACGUCGUAUUUUAGUGAGUUCACCUUCCUCAAUAACAAAGUGCUGCGAUACAGAUAAUUGUAACAAGGAUCUGUUAUGUCCUGGCGGGAUUUGUGGCGGUAUUCUUAGUACAACUAACACAGCUUGUCUAGAUGAUGAUAUCCCAAUAUGUAAAGAUCCAAACACUGUACGUCUUGUGUGCAAAGAACAUGAUUUGAGACAAAACUGCAAAAAAUCAUGUGGAUUAUGCCCUCCUCUUACUACUCAACAGCCUAUGGUGUGCGAAGAUCACGUGAUUGAUUGUAAUGACCAAUCAUUUCUGUCGGCUGUUUGUGGAAGACCGGAAGCUCAGUAUUUUUGUAAAAAAUCCUGCCUAAAGUGUUGAUUAAAGUUGAUUGGUAAAUGGAGUGGUUUAUUGAUCAGGAUAAAUAUUUUUUACUAAAUUAAACCUUUUUUUUAUAACGCUCACAUAAAUCAAGUUAGC